AUGAGUACACAAAGAGACCCAGAACUGGGACUGUGUAAAGUUAGUGAACUGAUUAAAGAUGGCAAUUGGAAUGAUGAGCUACUGAAAAAAGCGUUUCUUGAGGAGGAUAGGGAGAGUAUUAUGAAGACCCCUUUAAGUCUUCAAGAAACAAAAGAUAGACUAUUCUGGGCACAUUCUGCCUCUGGGGAAUACACAGUUAAGUCUGGAUAUAAAUCUGCAAAGGGAAGUAAGGCAGGGGGGAAUAAGGGGGGAAACAAUGAGGAAUCAGGAAGUAGAAGUGAGGUCAAUGCUAAAGAUAAAAAAGAGCAAGUUGGGGAAUUGUUGCUAGAGAUUGGAAAGGAAAGCUGGUUGCUGCAUAGGCAUGUCCCUCCUUCAUGUGCGCUGCACCAAAACUUGAGGAAGCACUGGCAAUCAGAACUAAGGGAGAUCAACUCUGUUAGCCACAAGUUAGAAAGAUUUGCUCUAAACUUAAGAGUCGUUGCUGAUUGGAAAGUUAGUUUUCCAGUUUGGUUGCUUGAGAGUGUUCAAGCAGAUGUUGAGGAGCAGUUGCUCCAGGCCAUUUGUGGUGCUGGUGGGGAAGCUGGCGGUUCUGGUGACAAUGGUGCCUUGUGCAGAAUUGUAGGAACAAGUGCUUUACUAGACAACAACUCCAUAACCCUCCUAGAAAGUAAACCGAACAACAUGUUUGAAGAUUUUAUGAGGACUAAACUUGCAAUGGCCUAUACAUUUUUCCAUCUCAUCUUCUUCAUAUUUCUCAUUCCACUCUGUUCUUUGGCUCAAAAUAAUGGGAGAGUGCCUCUAGGCAGCAUCCUAACAGCAAAUGAAGCAUCCAACCCAUGGCUUUCACCUUCUGGCGAUUUCGCAUUCGGAUUCCAACAACUUGAAGAUAAGGAUCUGUUCUUGCUUUCCAUUUGGUAUCAUAAUAUACCAGAUAAAACUGUUGUCUGGUAUGUGAACUCAAGCGAUUCAGUUCCACGGGGUUCGACAGUUAAGCUUGAUGCUCAAAUUGGGCUUGUGCUCCGUGACCCUCAAGGCUUUCAACUCUGGAGUACAAACGCCAUAUCCAAUCAACUAGAUCAUGGUUUUAUGAAUGAUACCGGAAAUUUUGUCCUUAAGGGGAGAGAUAACAGUUCGCUGUGGGAAAGCUUUAGCUUUCCAGCUGAUACCAUAUUGCCGUUGCAGGAAUUGGAAACUGGCAGUGUUCUUAAUUCUAGACAUUCAGAAACCAAUUUCUCGCAAGGGAGAUUUUCUCUCCGAUUUCUUGAUAAUGGAGAUCUAGUGCUUACUGCUCGAACUCUGCCAAACACCACUUAUGAUGAUGUUGUAUACUACGACAGUCAGACUUCUAAGCCUACAAAUACAUCCAAUUCCGGUUAUCGCCUUGUCUUUAAUAGAAACGGCAUCAUUUCAAUAGUGACUAGCAACAAUCAAACGGAACAAAUUGGCUCCCCAACACUUUUUCCUCCGGUUUCAGAAGACUAUUUCAGGGCAACACUAGCUUCUGAUGGAAUACUCGCUUCAUAUUAUCAUCCUCGGAAUUCUACUGGUAAUCAAAACUGGACAGUUCUUUGGUCUAAGCCAGAUGAUAUAUGUGACACUGCAGCAGCAGCAACAGGAAGUGGUGCUUGUGGAUAUAAUAGCAUUUGCAAUCUUGUAAAUGGAAGACCAGUUUGCGAGUGUCCAGAUGGGUAUACAUUGCUUGAUCCAAAUGACAAGUACGGAAGCUGCAUGCCAAACUAUACUCAGAGCUGUGGCGAAGUUGAGCAGGGAACUGCAGGGGAGUUAUAUGAUUUUGUGGUGAUCAAUGGCGCAGAUUGGCCACGAUCUGACUAUCAGGUUAUGACACCAUCGACUGAAGUAGGCUGCAGAGAGGCUUGCUUACAUGAUUGUUUCUGUGCUGCUGCCAUUUUCAGAAACAAUACUUGCUAUAAGAAGAAGCUUCCUUUGUCCAAUGGGUGGAAUAGUGGCGUACUUAAUCCGGUAGCCUUCCUUAAAUACCGAAAAAGUGAUGCUCCUCCAGGAAUAGAAGGAUCAAGUUCAAGACCGAAGGAUCGGGAAACUUUGAUAGUGGUAGAAUCUGUUCUUCUUGGAAGCUCCUUUUUUCUGAAUAUCUUGUUAAUUGUUGCAGCUUGUUCGGGUUUUUAUCUCAUUUAUAAGAAAAAUAUAGUGAAAUCCCAUCCAAAUGGCGAAACAAACUUGCGCUAUUUCACGUACAAGGAGCUUGUAGAAGCUACAAAUGGAUUCAAGGAAGAGUUGGGAAGGGGAUCCUUCGGAAUUGUAUACAAAGGCGAGCUGCAAAUAAGUUCCAAAAGCAGUGCAAUUGCAGUGAAGAAGCUAGACAGAGUGGCCCAAGAUACAGAGAAGGAAUUUCGUGCUGAAGUGAACACAAUAGGCCAGACCAAUCACAAGAAUUUGGUCCGCCUGCUUGGAUUCUGUGAUGAAGGACAGAAUCGUUUAUUGGUGUACGAAUAUAUGAGAAAUGGCACUCUAUCAAGCUUCCUUUUCACUACUCCGAAACCUAGUUGGAAACUGAGAACACAAAUUGCCAUGGGAAUUGCAAGGGGACUCGUAUACCUGCACGAAGAAUGCAGUAUUCAGAUUAUCCAUUGUGACAUAAAGCCUCAGAACAUACUUCUUGAUGACUAUUACAAUGCUCGAAUUUCUGACUUUGGAAUGGCAAAGCUUUUGGUCAUGAAUCAGAGCCGAACACUCACUAAUAUCCGAGGAACAAAAGGUUAUGUUGCUCCUGAAUGGUUCAGGAACACCCAAGUUAGUGCAAAAGUUGAUGUCUAUAGCUUUGGUGUCUUGCUACUUGAAAUCAUCUGUUGUCGAAGAAGCGUGGAGGAUAUUGAAAGUGUUGAAGAAGGUUAUGCAAUCCUAACAGAUUGGGUUUGGGAUUGCUUCCAAGAAAGGAGGUUAGAUACUUUGGUAGAAAAUGAUUCAGAGGCCUUGAAUGACAAGACGAUGCUGGAAAGAUUUGUUAAGGUUGGCAUAUGGUGUGUUCAAGAGGAUUCAUCUAUUAGGCCUAAAAUGAGGAAAGUAAGCCAGAUGCUUGAGGGAAUUGUUGAAGUCAUGGUUCCUCCUUGUCCAUCUCCUUUUGCAAGCUGAGAUUAUUAAUUGGUUUUAGUUGUUUUGGCAGAACCAAAAAGUUAGGCUAAUGUUGUAAAUUCCAUAACCCCUAAUCUGAAAUCCCUUUUUCAAUUUAUGAUGUUCAUUUGC